AUGCCCAGCCUUGGUUCUGGCGGUUCCGGAGGAUGCGGCCCUCGCGAUGCGGAACCAUGGUUGUACCUCGACCAGUUCUCCGUGCAUUUCCCCUCUUCUCUUCCACAGUUCACCAGUCAGAGCUCGGCGAAGGGCGCGUAUGGUCAGGACAAAGAGUGGGUGUGUUCAGUCGCCCCUGCAUGGUGGACAGACCUGCCAGCCAAGGUGCAAAGUGCUCAGCAGGUCAGUCAGUCGCUAGAUCAACUGGACAAAAUCAAGGAGAAACACUCGAAAACAAGCAAUGCCGAGAUAUGGCUCGCACAGAGGCUAUGGCGCCUGGGCUCGUUGGAACCUGGCGGUCGAGCCCGCAAAACGCUAAACGGGACAGCAUCAAAGCAGAAGGAGGCCUCGAAACAUUGUGUUCCACGGGUCUCCGGCAUCGGGAGCGUUAUUCUGCACUCGGAAAACGAGUUUACCUCGCUUCGUGCUUCUAUUUUUGGUUUUCUGCUUGCUCUCCUUUGCUCGAAGCGCCUAAAAGUGACGAGAGAUGCCGAAAAUGGAUGGCUGCAACACGAGAAGGAGGAUCCAACUGAAGCCGGUCUACGGCACCGCAUACAUGACUUGUCCAUUUUGGGUAGAUGCGAAGGAGACGACGCACCAUGA